AUGCACACGGACGUUCCCAUCAUUCGCUGCAUGGGGCUCAACUACAAGGACCACGCGAGGGAAGCGAACAUGGACAUCCCGAAAGACCCAGUACUAUUCAUCAAGCCAAGGACUGCGAUCAAUGGACCUUGGCCAGCAAAAAUCAAUGUGCCCAAAUUCGUUCAAGACGGCUCGAGCGAUUACGAAGCCGAGUUGACUUUCAUCAUCUCGAAAGAUGGGAGAGAUAUUAAGAAGGAGGACGCGUUGGACUACGUUCUGGGAUACACGUGUGGCAACGACGUCAGCGCGCGUAUUCAGCAAUUCAAGAACAGUCAGGUGAGCGAAAGCAAGCCCCAGUAUAUGUUACGCAAGGCUGACCAAGAUCACAGUGGUGCUUUUCAAAAGGUGACGAGUCUCAACGGUCUAGUCCAAGUAUGCGACACUAACAGGAGCAUUUAG